CCCGUUUGACGCGUGUUCCUUUUUUUUUUCGUUUUGUUUUUGCUGAAGAGCAAACACGUCACGCGUCGAAAUGUUGUGUGACAAGCGUUACCCUUCCCGUGGUGCGAAGAGGCACAUGGGUAAUACUUGCGCCUUGAAGUUGCGUAAAUAUAUUUUCAGUGAGUGUUUUGCACGAGACAGCCAGGUUUGAUUUGCCCCUUUAAGACACUAUGAGUGAAACUCUAACGCGAGUAUCGAUAGGAUACAAGAAGUACAAGACAGUUUUACGGAUAAUUGGAGCAGUUAUUGGUAUUCUUGUUGGAAUUGCUGGAUCCGUAGCCUUUGCUGCGAUUUACCAUAAUUACAACGCGGCUAGCUGGGCCGGUGUGUCAGCAAUAUUUGCGAGUAUUUUCCUGCACUUCACCGUUGCUGUUUAUCGCGAUUUCAACAGGCACUUUUCAGUAGCAAAAUUUACCAUUUUUGUGAACAUCGGUUUGGGUGGCAUGAUUUCUGGAAUAAUCGCCUUCAUAAUAAACAUUGCCUUUGGGAUAGCAAGACAUGAAACAGGUUAGUGUGUACUGUACAUGUUUUAGACAAGUUUUAGAGGUGCUUGAUUUUUCUCAUUUUUGAUUAGCGCCAGUUUGUUCAGCAUUUACUCCAUGUUUUUUAUUUAUGAAGCAACGCUAACAUUAUUGAAUGAAUCGGCGGGCCGAACGGUGUUUUAUUCGGCACGAGGUCAUGCUAUCUUCACGUUAAGUCCGAAAAUAACUCAUUCAAUAAGUACUUUAUUAAAUAACUACCGCCCUUUCUCUUUCCUCCUCCCUUAUUGCAUUUUGCCUGUGGUGGGUCCUUACUCACAUUACUUGACUAACAACAGUGACAUAAAAAGUAUUUGUUCGCAAACACACAGGAGGGUUACUGUACUCAAGCGCUCCUGAACAAAGCACUUUCCCCGUACUUUAAACUUAUGUAAUGAUCUUCCUGUUGCACCCAAUGGGGGGUUGGAUGACUUUGAAAUGUUAGCUAACAAUUUACACUUGUUGAACAUUCUUUAAGAUCUGAAAUAAAUAAAAGAAAAAGGAAUUGGUCAAAUUUCUUGACAAUUAUCACAUACCUCCUCCAGGUGAUAAUGAUGAUCAACUGAUAACUGAUUCAUGAUUCUCUUUUUCACAGGAGUUGUUAUCACAGGGAACUUCAUAGUGUGUGUGUGGAACUUUAUGACUUUCAAGUGGGGCUUGUUCACAUUCCUGGCAGCAAGAAAAUUCAGAAAGAUUUACUUUGAAGCAGAUCCUGAAAAUGGAGGUCUGGUAACUAAUGCAUAGAGAAGUAAAGAUGUGUUGUAUUCAGCUACAUACAAUGGUAGUUGACCUGACCUGUGAUCAAGCUAGCUGGAAGUAACUAGCUGUGAAGUAACUAGCUGUGAAACCCAUUACACCCCAACAUCAGUAUGCAUAUUCUCCACACUGUUCUCUGUACAUUUCCCAAGGUGUUGACAAGGAGAAUUUGUUUAACAAUCAAGAACUUCUUUAGUUGGUGAUCAUUUCCUUUAUUUGCAUGACUUUAAGGUUUGAUGGAAAGGUGGUGAUGUGAGGAGAAAUUAAAAGACAAUCACUCUUAGAGGUUAAAGCUUGAAAAGUUCAUUGAAAGCCUGAGAGAUCUUUUGUGCAGUGAAUUCUCAGUACAAUGAUAGGCUUGGCAGGGUUUGAAAUUACGUGACUGAAAAUGGGUUAUUGUUGACCGGAAUUUCAAGGCUAGGCACCUGCAUGCAACAAGCCGUAAGUCUCGCAAAUGUUGUUUAUGAAAAAAACAGUGUUUAAGGUACAAAGCAUUUGUAAUUUUGAUUUGUUGCAUUUGAUCCAGUCAACUGAUGAUGAAAAGGAAUUGUUAUGUUUUAAGCACAAAAGCAUUUCUAAGACUUCACCACUUUUAUUUUUCUGUUUUGUGGAACCUUUACAAAUCACAUCUUUUUGUGACCAAACAAUAGCAUUUGGCGAUUGAAACAAAAAUGUUUAAUCAACACUUGGCGUCCUGGUACAAAAGUGACUUCAGACCCUGCUAACUAGUACAUGAAAUAACUGAUACAUAAUCAAGAUGAUAGAGAUCCAUUCAGGGUGAACAAUAGGAGUACAGAGCAAAAACUCAUGAAUACUGAUGCUGGGGCCAAGUUGGAACCUGCCCUCAAAGUAGCUGUUAGCACUCCAAGCUGGGGCUGAUAGUUGAUAAAAAAUUUGGUGAAGAGCAGCAAAGAUGGCAUUUGUCCAGUAGACAUGCUGUCAGCUGUAAUGUUUCAUUAUUUAGUGUUUACGGUGCAGAGUUCAACUGAGUUAAAUUUUGGCACACAAUAAUGCUCAGUCGUACAAAACCAUGAGAUGUCUAUGAUAGAUUUCUUAUAUUGAUAAUUCUGUUUUGUCUCUGAAAGAAGUACAGAACAUGGAUAGCCUAUCAGAGAUUUUACUUGGCAGUAAUUCUGUUUUGUAACUGAAAGAAUUAUAAAACAUGAGAUGUCUGUCAAAGAUUUCUUUUAGUAAUAAUUCUGUCUUGUCACUCAAAGAAGUACAAUACACAGAUGGUCUAUCAAAUAUUUCUGAAAGCAAUUAUUAUGUUUUGUCACUCAAAGAAGUACAUAACAGCAUGUAUGUCAAAGAUUUCCUAUAAUAAUAAUUCUAUUUUGUCACUUAAAGAAGUACAAAAUAUAGACAGUCCAUUCAAGAUUUCUUGUAGCAAUUAUUCUGUUUUGUCUCUCAAAGAAGUACAGAACAUGGCAUGUAUAUGGAAGGUUUCUUUUAAGAAUAAUUCUGUUUUGUCAGUCAAAGAAGUACAAAAUUAUUUAAUUUCACUCUGACAGACUGAAAUCCCAGUUAUAUUGUUGUUAAUAGCAGCAAAAAUAUUUUUAAAAAAAAUUGAUAGUUUGUUACUGUAUGGGGAUUAUUUUAGCCUGCAGAACAGGCAUAAAUUUUAAGUGAUUUUCCCAAUGGCUUUUGAACAAAGGAAUAAAGAAAGCUGGAUGAAAAAUUUACUGUGGCUUAUCACUAAACUGGGGUUAGGUCACUUCAUGCUGUGAAAACUGGGAUAAACUCUGGCAGGGUUCAUCACCUGGCUUGAAUGCAGGCUUUCAAUCAGGUUUCAAAUUUUUAAAUGGCCUUGUUGCUCAACAUGACUUCAAACAAAGUGAGAAGAGGUCUGUUUAACAACACAACUCUCACAGCCACUGUGGCUUUUCCAAGCUUUCAUAGCUUGAAAAUGUAUAGUUACUCCCCUCUGGAUGGGAAGUUAGUCCAUGGUAAGUUACACCUCCCCCCUCCCCCCCUCCCAGCAGUUUGUCUAGUUCCCCCUGACAGUUCACUGGUACUCAUUUAUUCUCCUGAGGGGAGAGAGGCCUAUUAAGGGAUAAGUGCCUUCCUCAAGAACACAACAAGCAAUAUAUGCCAUAUGGAAAUUGUGUAAACAUUGCCUGAUAACUUGACUUUCCUGUUGUUUUAUUUCAACUUUAUUUCCUUCAAAAUGAAAAAUUUUCAUCAUACCUUGAGUUUCCAUAUGAUGUUUAAGGAAUAUAAAAUUCUCCAAACUUGUGUGAAAAAGAAAGGUUUGGAAGUCAGAGAGGAAAGUAUAUCUUGUUCCUAAUAACGGAAGGACAUGCCACCUGUUGAAGGCAGAUAAUUAAAUUCAAAUUUAGGUGACUGUUUUGGGCUUUUCUCUUUACUUUAUGUCAUCUUUAGAAGUUUUUACUGGAAGAUUUCAGUGAUUUAACUUACUUCUCUGAUUGUAAAAAGUUACAGCUCCCUAAAUUAUAGGCUUAAGUCCUAACUGGUGUUUACGUGAAAGUUUCAUUGAGGGAAAUUAUGGCAAAUUAUGUCAUGAUCUUUUGUUUACUGAUAAUAUGCAGCCCCAAAUACACCUGUUAUCAUGAGUUUUGCUUUCCGCCUCGUGCGCCCCACGUGUUUCGAGAACCAUCUGGAGUAAACAUGAUUUGCGCAAUAUAGCUGCAGUGACGUCAAAAGUUUGAAAAGCUUCGCGAUGAUGUAAUGGCGCGACCUGUCGAAACAGAGGCAAGCUGCGAAAAAUGGCUGCCUUUUAUCGAUACUCUUGCUUAUGGCACGGUUGUGGUAAGCAGUGCACUUCCUUGUUAGAUCUAAUCGACCAUAUCGAAGUCAUCCAUAUCGAGAAAGAUCCAAGAGUUCUCGAGAAACAAGAGGCUGCCCAGCCACCGGCGCUACCUUUAUCGUAUAUCAAUUGCUUCUUCACCGAUGCAGCACGCAAUGCUAAACAGAAGGACCCUGUUUUGUCCGCCACGGAAUCAGCCACGCCAAGCCCAGAACACAAUGUUUUAAAAAAGAAGCGGGUAACCCCUCCUAAAAUAUCUAUUCCGACAUUGAAUACACCAGAUACGCUUGAUGGGGGAGAGGAAGAUGGCAAUAUGAGUGACAAUAGCGACGAUUCUUGGACUUCUGAUAGUUUCGCCAGCGACCUGGUAUUGAACGCCGUGGCAACGGAUGAUGGCGAAGGCAAGCGAUAUAUUUGCCCAGUUCCUGGGUGCGGAAAACGAUACAAGAAUGUCAACGGAAUAAAAUACCAUGCCAAGUAUGGUCACAGAAAAGACUCGAGCAGGCCGAAGCUGAAAGCUUUUAAAUGCCAUUGUGGGAAAAGCUACAAAAGCCCAAGUGGCCUUCGACACCACGUAGCAACGCAACAUCCGACCGGGCCAAAGCAUUCAUUACCACAGGAACUUGAAAAUAUGGCGUGA